GGGGCGUGGCUUCACCUGAAUCAUAACAGUUUAUUGGUCUUUCGGAAGAUGGGUGGGGCGUACUCGGGACCCCACCCCUCCCUGUUCGAACCGGAAGUGUCUCUCGGUCUUUCCAGCUGGUUGUCAUUUCACUCGGCUGGGUCCUGAGGAGAAGGACUCAGCCGCGGCUGCGGGACCCAGGCACAGGGAGGCGGUGGCGGCGGAGACAGCGGCGACAGCAAAAGAAGAAGAGGAAGAAGAAGAGAAGAAAAAGAAGAGCCAGGUGGAGUUCGCAACAACGACAGCUGGGACUCCGGGACCCGGGUAAAGCGGCGGCGGUGACGGCGGCGAGGGCGGCCCAGCAACCGUGAGGAGAAACAAAAGCCUUCUAAAUUAUAGUUUUUUUAAAUAUCUGAGGAAAAGAGAGAGAGAGCGCCAAGGGGGAGGCCUUUCUCCUUUAGAAUAACUGCGGUAGUGGGAUUUUCUUUUUUUUUUUUCCCUCCCCCACUCCCCCUGCGGAGACUUGAACUGAGAGAACUGAACAAACCGCCCCUGGGUCCCAUGAGGGAAAAAAACCCCGGAGCCGCAGAGAGGGGAAGAGGCAGAAACCGCAGGACCUUCCAGGUCGCCCCCUUGGUCUCCGCACCCCCGGGCCGCCAUCCCGCCCUCGUCCAGGCUCGCUAAUCCCUCCAGAUCACGACCCCCUAUCCCCGCAAGAGGGAGAAACGGGUGUUUCCAACCCCUUUCAUGGGGGAGAGGAGGCCGGGGGGGAGCCCAAGAACAGCGACCGCAGCAAGAUCUGCACCCGGUGCCUCAGGAACAGCCCCAGAGGCCAAAACUGCACCCUGUGAAAGAGCAGAAACAGGACCAGGAACAGCAGAAACCUCCCUGCAAUCAUCUUUCCAUUAGUCAAUGCUGAUUUCCUCUCCCUCAACCAGGAAUUCACCUCCCACCCCAGAUAACCUAAUAUAAUCUAUCUAUAUAUAGAUAUAUAUAUAUAAUAUAUAAUGUUCUUAAAUUAUUCCUGAUUUUUUAACCAAGCUGCCAAGAAAAGAAGAACAUAUUCUCCUCUUAGUCCUAUUCUAAUUUUUAUGUGAGUGAAUCUAAACUGCUGAGGAAGACCACAUGUGAUUGUUAAAUUAUAUAUAUAUAUAUAUAUUUUUACUCCGCACAAUGCUUAUUCUUCUACAUCCAUAGAUGCUUGAGAAGCUGUGUUUUUGUCAUUCAUAUACAUUUUCCUUUGGAAAAAGAAAGCGCCUAUUUUACUAACCAAAGACUUGAUUUUUACCCUCUUCGUUUUUAUUUCCUCCUAGAAAUAAGCCCAAUUGGAUUCAUGUUAACGUUUUAAGAGAUUUGUUUUAGUUUUUUUUUUUCUUCCAGAAAGAGACCAGAAUUCUAAAUCAGAUACUUUAGGGUGAUAAUCUACAAUCUUUGUGCUAUAACUAUAAACAAUAUUUGGAGCAAACCAACAACUAAAAUUUGAGAUAGAGGACAAAAGGCGUGAGACAUCAGGUUUUCAAUUAUUUUUUGUGAAAUUCUAAUCCUAAAAAUAAUAAAUGGGGGAUUACGGGUUUGGAGUGCUAGUUCAAAGCAAUACUGGGAAUAAAUCUGCUUUUCCAGUCCGAUUCCAUCCACAUCUACAGCCUCCACACCAUCACCAAAAUGCCACCCCCAGCCCUGCUGCUUUUAUAAAUAAUAACACAGCUGCCAAUGGCAGCAGUGCUGGGUCAGCUUGGCUCUUUCCUGCUCCAGCUACCCAUAAUAUUCAGGAUGAGAUCUUAGGGUCUGAAAAAGCAAAAAGUCAGCAACAGGAACAGCAAGACCCUUUAGAAAAGCAACAGCUCUCCCCAAGUCCAGGUCAGGAAGCUGGAAUACUGCCUGAAACUGAAAAGGCAAAGUCUGAAGAAAGUCAAGGGGACAAUUCUUCAGAAAAUGGCAGUGGGAAGGAGAAAAUAAGAAUUGAAUCACCAGUGUUGACCGGUUUUGAUUAUCAAGAAGCCACUGGGCUAGGUACUUCAACUCAACCCUUGACAUCUAGUGCAUCAUCUCUUACUGGUUUCAGUAACUGGUCAGCAGCAAUAGCGCCUUCUUCCUCCACAAUAAUCAAUGAAGAUGCAAGUUUCUUUCACCAGGGAGGGGUCCCAGCAGCUUCAGCUAAUAACGGUGCUCUGUUAUUUCAGAAUUUCCCCCAUCAUGUCAGCCCUGGCUUUGGGGGCAGCUUCUCCCCUCAGAUUGGGCCUCUUUCACAGCACCACCCUCAUCACCCCCAUUUCCAGCAUCAUCAUAGUCAGCAUCAGCAGCAAAGGAGGUCUCCUGCCAGUCCCCACCCCCCACCCUUCACACACAGAAAUGCUGCUUUUAACCAGCUGCCUCAUUUGGCAAAUAAUCUCAACAAGCCCCCCUCUCCAUGGAGCAGUUACCAGAGUCCUUCUCCAACCCCAUCUUCUUCCUGGAGCCCAGGAGGUGGGGGUUAUGGUGGCUGGGGAGGUUCCCAAGGCCGAGAUCACCGCAGAGGGCUGAAUGGUGGAAUAACACCCCUGAACUCCAUCUCACCUUUGAAGAAAAAUUUUGCAAGCAAUCACAUUCAGCUCCAGAAGUAUGCUCGCCCCAGCUCUGCCUUUGCCCCUAAAUCCUGGAUGGAAGAUAGCUUGAACAGGGCUGACAACAUUUUUCCUUUUCCGGAUCGCCCCAGGACAUUUGACAUGCACUCAUUGGAGAGUUCCCUCAUUGACAUAAUGAGAGCUGAAAAUGAUUCCAUUAAAGGUCGUCUAAACUAUUCAUAUCCAGGAUCCGAUAGCUCUCUGCUUAUUAAUGGUCAGUCUUCACUGUUUCCAAUGGAAGAUGGAUUCUUGGAUGAUGGCCGUGGGGAUCAGCCUCUUCAUAGUGGUCUGGGUUCACCUCACUGCUUCACUCACCAGAAUGGAGAAAGAGUGGAACGAUAUUCUCGCAAAGUAUUUGUAGGAGGACUUCCUCCAGACAUUGAUGAAGAUGAGAUCACAGCUAGUUUUCGUCGCUUUGGCCCUUUGAUUGUGGAUUGGCCUCAUAAAGCAGAGAGCAAAUCCUAUUUUCCUCCUAAAGGCUAUGCAUUCCUGCUAUUUCAAGAUGAAAGCUCUGUUCAGGCUCUCAUUGAUGCAUGUAUUGAAGAAGAUGGAAAACUCUACCUAUGUGUAUCAAGUCCCACCAUCAAGGAUAAGCCAGUACAGAUUCGGCCCUGGAAUCUUAGUGACAGUGAUUUUGUGAUGGAUGGCUCCCAGCCACUUGACCCACGAAAAACUAUAUUUGUUGGUGGUGUUCCUCGACCAUUACGAGCUGUGGAGCUUGCCAUGAUAAUGGAUCGAUUGUAUGGAGGUGUGUGCUAUGCUGGCAUUGAUACAGAUCCUGAACUAAAAUACCCAAAAGGAGCUGGGCGAGUUGCAUUCUCUAAUCAACAGAGUUACAUAGCUGCUAUCAGUGCCCGCUUUGUUCAACUGCAGCAUGGAGAGAUAGAUAAACGGGUGGAAGUUAAGCCAUAUGUCUUGGAUGAUCAGCUGUGUGAUGAAUGUCAAGGGGCCCGUUGUGGGGGAAAAUUUGCCCCAUUUUUCUGUGCUAAUGUUACCUGUCUGCAGUAUUACUGUGAAUAUUGCUGGGCUGCUAUCCAUUCUCGUGCCGGCAGGGAAUUCCACAAGCCCCUGGUAAAGGAAGGUGGUGACCGCCCUCGGCAUAUUUCAUUCCGCUGGAACUAAAGGAUACCUAACUACAGUGCUCAUUUUCAGGCCUCAGAAUAAGUGCACUCUUCUGUUAAUUCUGACCCCUUCCUCAAUCUCUUCACGCUGGCAUGUCCUUUUGUAGCAGUGUGUUACUCAACAAUAGUAUAAUGAAAAGAAUGACCUAUAAUAUAGGUGUUUUGUAGAUUCUUGUGUCACUGCAAAUAAUACAUGUGAACUCCUUUUUCAUAUUGCCAUCAUGUUGUGUGGAAGUUUUAUUCUCUUGUAUUGCUGGAGAUCAAGAGGAUCCAUACUUCCUGCAGCAUUUUCUUAGAGGAGAGAGAAAUAUUAACAGAGAAAUGAAACAAUAGAGUAUUUUGGGUUUUUAAUUAAAUUAUUGUUAAUAAUAUAACAUAUAAGAAUACUUUUAUUAAAUAACUGUGCAACAAUAACACUAUCUGUCUAUCCUGACACAAUUUUUCCCCCAGGGAAGUGCUUUUGCCUUUUUUCCAUUCUUUCUGGGUUUUUUUUGGUCUCUUUUUUUCCAUCCCCUUUUUAGUCUUUUAACAGCAAUGGAGGAAGUUAAUAAUUAUUAACAGGAAAGAGCAUGUCAAAGCAAACAAAUGCAUGAGCAAGAUUGAGCAGCAUUAUAAUUCAUUUUAAGGGUUUGAGGCUGAACAUAAUUUUAUCAUGCCUCAAAGUUAUCAGUGACAUCAGAAAAAAUAGCAAAGUAGGCAGAGCUAAGUUUAUUUUCUUUUAAACACUUUUUAAAAUUGAGAAUGUAAGAAUUGGGUAAAAUUACUACUGAGGGGAGUGCAUUUAUUUAUUUAACUGACUUAUCUGUCACAGCCCCAGGAAACCUACCAAAGCUAGAAUUAAAGACAACUGGUGGGAAUACUAGCAUUUCCUCUCCUAAAGAACAAAUGUAUAAAUCUUAUUUCUGAUGUUACAUAUAAAUUCUGUUUCCUAAUUUACUAACACUCAUCAGGUGUCAGCCUUUGCUCUCCAUUUUGACAUUAAUAACAGAUCUAGAGAUACGUCAAGGAUAUCAUUUUUGAUUUUUAUGUUACAGUACACUUGUAGCCAAAACCAGAAGACAAAAACAAUAUACAGAUUGGCUGCUGAUUGGCUUACUUUUAGACUUAAACUUACUUUGGAUAUCCUGUAAUUUAGUUGUAACAUAGAAAAUGGGGAAAAAAGUUUUUAAAAAGUUAAGUAGUUGCAACGUGUUUUGCACUGUUGAAAUAAGUAACUGUAAAUCUGUGCAAAGGUAGGUACGUAUGUUUAUCUUACUCUUCCUAUAAAAUAAAAUAACAUUACAGUUUCAGAACUUAGCAUGGGACAUAGUCAGUGUUUGAAGUGCCAACUUCACCAAGUAAUGCAUGCUUUAUUAUAAAUAAAAUUCUAGCUUUGAAAGGCGUUCUUAUGUGUUGAACAGUACGCUUCAGGAGUAAAUUUAAAAUAGUCUCUUGAAGCUCUAGUUAUGGAAGUAACUUUUAUUUUUUCAUUGACAUUCUCUUAUUAAUGCCCUAUCUAUCAUUCAAAGGAUUAUGAUCUGUAUGUAAAAACAUUUAAAACAAACAACAACAAAAACAUAACGGCAAUCUUGCUAGUUGUGCUAUCUAACAGUACCAUCUUGGAUCCUUCAAAACCAAAGACUUGCCCCAGCACUGCUGAGGAACCACCUGGUUGAUGACGCCUAUUGAUUAUCUUUAGGAAAAGCAGGCCUUUAUU